GAGCCUUAGUAAGGAGGAAAAGGAGGAGGAGAAGCUGGAGAAGGUGGAGAAAAAUAAAAAGGAAGAAACAGAGGGUGUAGAGACAGCACUCCCAAAGGAGGGAGUGAGCUUAUCCAAGCUAGUGAUAGCAGGUGAAGAUCUUGCUGAGGCAAGGGAGGGAACAGCUAGAAGGAAAAUGCUUUUUAAGAAAGAGAGAAUGCAGGAAAGCUUCAUACCUAUGGACAAGGCUAUGUGGCCAAGCUUUCCAAAAGUCUCCUUAAAGUUACCACUCCAGGAAGCCAUGAGGGAAAAGGGGGGUAAGCCCUUGAAAAUGUUAGAUCGUUUAGAUUUGGUUGAAGGAGAAGACAGUCAAAUUCUUGGAGUACAUCCCACAACAAGUUCAUGGGGAAGACAAGGGAAUAUGCUCUUGGAGAAAGCCAGGGACAUUUUUUUUACAAGCCAUGGAAACGGACUUAGAGACCCAGACCCCCGAAAACCUCCAUAAGCCAAAGUCUCAACUAUCUGAUAUGAUCAUGGAACAACAGAAACUUGAACACAGGCCCACAGGUGGCAGGUGGAAGUGGUUUGUAUGGUAUCAUCGGGAUUUCCCAGUAGGGAAAUCUGAGGGCCAGGCCCCAACUCCAGCCCCAACCCUUGCCUUUUCACCUGAGAUGCCAGCUCAUAUAUACCAAAGGCCAGGCUAUUCAGAAGCAAGCUUCUUAGAUGAGGACUGGAUUAACAAUGCUUUAAUAAGGUUGGAAGGAGGAGAGCAACUUCCCAGGGAGUUUCCAUCGACUGAGCCAGUUCCUUAGAGACUUCAAUUGAAAGGAAUUCUUGAAAUGGAUGCAUCUGGCUAAUCUUAAGGCCAUAGCUAAACACCUCAGGCAGAACCAAGAGCUAAGUCACACGGAUAUAUCGCAACUCUCUAAGGAUGUUUUGAGUCCAACGCACUUAAAAGUGAUCCCUCCAAUUAGAAGAAAAGAAAAGGAGAGCUGGCUAAAGCCAUUCCCUAUUCCUGAACCAGUGUUACCAGCAGCCACCAAGAGGAUUCCUGCCCCACAGACUCUCAAGGGGUAUCUCUUAGCUGAAUCCUACAGGAAGAAGGAGGCACAACAGGUAUCCACUGCUAUGAAGGAGAGAAAGCACCUUUAUCCAAACAGAAGAGAUCUUGCCACAGCUCUCUAUCCCACUGUGGACAAAAAAUCCCUGGCUUUGCUAUUCCAGAAGGACUUCUGGGCUUUGCAGGGCAGGGGUGAGCUCCCCAAAUUUCCCAAAGCAAAGAAGAAAGCACUGCCUAUCCCUCCACCUGUGUUACCAUCAGCAAACAAAAGGAUUCAAGUCCCAAAGGCUGUAAAUUGGCAUCUUUUAGGAGAACCUUACAGGAGUGAGCGGAUACAACAGUUAUCCAAUAUUCACAAAGAGAUGGAAAUGCGACAUUUUUAUCCAUCCACAAGAGACAUUUUAACAGGUGCCUAUGCCUCUGUGGACAAACAAACCCUAGCACUGAUGUUUCAAAAGGAAUUCUGGGCUUUUAAGGGUAAGAGCAGGUUUCCCAAAUUGCCCAAGGUAGAGAAGAAGACACAGACCGUCUCUAAAAAAAGGGAAGAAGUACCUCGAUGGGAGACAUUUGUGGCACUAUACCAUAUUUUGCAGAUGUUGCAGCAGCGAUAUGCAGAAGACAGCACUGCUUGGAUGGAACAAUUCUACCAGCUCAUGGAUCUGUACCAACUUAAGUCCCCCCGGAUCCAGAGGCUUCUAUUAGAGUUGCUGCAGAGAGAGGAACCCCAACCCCAAGAGGCUAUCUAUAAAAAGGCUCUGAAGACCAAGGAACUGGUACUUGGUGAGCGGUUGUUCUAUGGCUUGUUCUGUGGUGGUUUCCAAGCACAUGUAGGUCCCCUAGAAUUCCAGGAUGUGAUACCCCUCCAUGGACAGAACACCGUGCAUACUCUGCAGUCUGUGGGCAUUGCCCAGUAUGGGUUCCUAGAACUUGCCUGGAAAAGCCUACCACAAGCUGAUGCUUCCCUUAUUGAGAAGCUGCCCAACAUCCCUACUCCUGCUCUCUGAUUUGACCUAUUAGGACUUCAGAGUCCCAUUGGAAAAUGAACCUGGGCAAAAGAGUUU